AUGGAUCAAGGCGGCAUUGUCCAGCCUCACAUGAAGAAGAGGCCACAAUCGAGAGGAUCAACAGCCUCAGCUACAACGCAACCAGGACUUGACCACCAGGGACUCGCAGAUGCGCAAGAUCUCUACUCAGCGCAGUGGGUAAACAACGAUCAGAGGCAUCCGAAACCUCUCGCACCAGCUCCACGCAUCUCUCCCGACGGCAUGAUGAUGCAGGCUGCAACGCAAAUGCAGGGCAUUCGUGACUACACGAUGCAGUCCGCGACGCAUGCCCCGGUCAAUCAUGCGAUGUCAUUCCACCGACAGUCGCUUUCCGGCCACUCGCAACCCAUGGACAGCAUGAUGAACAACAGCUUCACGGAGGACAGUCAAAUGCUUGACCGCGACGAUAAUGAUGAGGGUGACUCGCUUGCUGGUGCCUUAGGCAUUGCAAAGUCGACGUCUGCUAAGUCAAGCGCCAACAACGAGCUUGAGAUGCGCCAUCUGUUCGGUGCCAACAGGCACCGUAAGCUUCAAGAAGUGGCUCAGGAGCUGCAUGGAAACGAGAGGGGCCCCAACUCUGAACGGACGAGGCAGGUUUUCGCCAUGUUGUGGAUCAAUUCGGUCUGUUCGAAGGGCAAGGGAUCAGUUCCUCGCGGUCGAGUUUACGCCAACUACGCGUCGCGAUGCGCGACAGAAAGGAUCACAGUUCUCAACCCAGCAAGUUUCGGCAAACUCGUCCGAGUCUUAUUCCCAGGACUGAAGACCAGGCGGUUGGGCGUUCGAGGCGAGUCCAAGUAUCAUUACGUGAACUUCGCGCUUGUCGACGACCAACCAGAAAUUCGUGAGCCAGAAGCACCACUUCCCCUUGCUCCGGCUGUCGCAAGCUUCUCCCGCAGCAAUAGCAUCGCUCCCAAUAAGCCGGCAGCUGCUUCCUUCGCCAAAGAUAGCCAAGCGCCAUCCGACUCUAUGCCUCGUGCAAAAAGCCCGGCUUCACUUAUAUCAGGUCACUCCCGAUCCCACAGCUUCUAUAGCAUGCCAAGUAUCACUUCUGCAGACCAGCUCCACACGACCACCAGCAAAACUUCACUCGAACUUAGCUUUCCUUCCGAGCUGGAGGAGGCCAUGUUCAACCAGUCAGAGGCCAUCGCACUACCACGGAUCGAGCCAUUUCUUCCGCAAGGAACAGAUCCUGACGCUGCAAAGAGUCUUUCGGCUCUCUACCGCUCCCACUGCACUUCGCUUGUCGAAUGCGUGCGCUACUGCAAGGAAAAGACGUUUUUCCACCUCUACACAUCAUUCCAAGGCACACUCACAAUGCCCGUGCAAAAGCUUCUGGGUAAUGCCAGCGUCGCUCCUUGGAUCGAAGAAUGUGACUUUAUAUUGUAUCAGCGAAUGAUGCAGAUUGUCUCGGGCUUGACACUCCAGGUUGUUCCCAAACCUGUUCUGGACACAUUACGAAGUAUAUCUACGCGUUUGGUGCCCCACAUCCGUGAAGCCUUCCAAGGACAGCCACUCCAUGUCAUCCGCGCCAAAGAAGCGCCUGCAACAGUCUUUGCAGCACUGCUCGACCGCGCGCUCAAGGUCAACCUGACAGCUCAUGCUGCAGCCAACAUGCUUUCCAACCCGGCCAAUCGAGAUCAGAUGUAUCUGGACUGGAUCACUAUGGUUCCCGUCCGCAAGUGGCGGAAUCAAUCCCAACGCGCGGGAUGGACGACUUCGUCAACCUUGUGGUUUCUGAGAUUAGGGAUCUGCUUGAUCCACAGAGCGUUCCAUGGGAAGUCGAGUGCUUGA